AUUCAUUCUCCAAUAUUCAUCAACUUGUAUUCUUCUACUUCGAGGUGUGUAACAUAUCUCAUCAUUUUCUCAGUUUCAAUUCCAUUCUUUGGAUAUUGCUGUCUUAAGGUGAAGAGUUUCAUCUAUUAUUUGAAGAUGAGUUCAGGUCAGCUUACAGCACAUCCUCCAUCUUCAACUGCACCUGCUCCGUACGCUGCUCCUCCACCUGUUGGUUAUCCUACCAACGAAACUCCACCAGAGUACCUUCAAAAUAACGCAGUAAAAACCAAGUCCAAGGGUGAUGGCUUCUGGAAGGGAUGUUGUGCUGCAAUCUGUUGCUGCUGUGUCUUGGAUGCGUGUUUCUAAUUAUGGCUGAAGGAUAUAUAGAAUGAUCUUUUCACCUUGCAUUUUAUUAUUUACUUGCAUAAAUCAAGGACAUUUUGAAUGAAUACUUGAUCGUUUAUCUUUGAAGUUGGAACAUUCCGUAUCAUUUGCUUUCUAAUUGUACAUUUCAGGGUUUUAUAAUUACGGUUCUUCAUCGGUAUAUGCUUUUUUUACUUUUUUUCUUUAUAUUUUAAUAGAGUUAACAGAGUAUUCGUAUAUAAUAUGUGGUUCAUGCAUCCUUGUAGAAUAGUUUAAGUGGUAGGAGCUGGGGACAUAUGGGUUGGGUAGGAGGAGGUUCAGUGAUUGAUUUCUAGCCGAUGCAAUUUAUUUUUCUGAUGUACAAAAAAAAAAAUGUGGUUCAUGCCAAAAAGAGUGAAAUAUUUUUUUUUUCCGAAAAGGUAACUUAUAAUAUUGAUUAAAAACAAACUUGAGACCAACCCUCUCAAAUAGGCAAGAAAACAGAAAUUCAAAGUACAAAGAAAUAAACAGAAAGAACACACAGCAAGGAAAAACAGAACAAAGCGUAGCAGCACAAAGAAGCUAACAGGACAAUAGGACAGAGCAAUCGACAGGGUCAUCCCAGCCCAAAGAAAACACUCAGCGGAUUGGUUCUCUCCACAUCCGACUUUGCAAGAUGGUCUGCGAUUGGAUUGGCUUCUCUGUAAAUGUGAACUACAGACAGUACAUCUGUUAGAGCUAAAUAGCCAUAAUAUCCUACAGGAUAUUCCUCUGUUAUUAUUUGUUCUAUUUUGUAAUAUGCCUCAGAAUAUUCCUUAGCAUAUUCUGUAAUUUUCUAUUAUAAAUAACAUUG